AUGGAACGCCCCUGGCUCUAUACGGACAUGGAAGCCGACGAGUCUGCGAUGUAUCCUGAGGUCAUCGCAAUGCAGUCGCCGACGACGAUACUUGCUCAGACGACUGCUGUUGUCAUUCCGUCCGAGAAAGUUGGAAUUCACUCAACGUUUGCACGACAACAAAACAUGGACUGCAUCAGUACUUGCAUGAGCGGGUCCGAGCACCGCAGCAAACAAUUUGAACGAGCAUUAGCCCCGGGCGAUGAUGCAGCACACGACGAUCGCUAUUGGCCACAGGCGGGACACGGCGGAUCGAACAAGGCGGUCGGACGACGCGAUGUUCUCCUAGAUGUCGCAUCCACACCAAGACCGUUUCUAGCUGCGCACACGAACAACCACCAUUCCUCAUCAUCAGUUUUCGUGUGCCCCUACCCAGUUCGCUCUUUCUACACAGGUCUUGGUAUCGGUGACUUCCACGAGCAGUCCAACUUUCAGUGUGGUGUCCGCAGCGAUCACUUACCCAGACCGACAGCACACACUCCACCAACACGCACGUUUCACGAGAUACUGGAGCCCUUUCCCCUCAGGAUGCAGCGCCGCAUAAUCUCUGCUGCCGAAGACCCACCCUCAUUAUCCAUUGGUUCUGGGAUCAUGACCGGCUUACACCACGCUCUAGCAACAGCUGUCAUCGGCGCAUUAUCCGCUGCAGUCUGGCAGACGGGCAGGAUGGUCGGACGACCGCUCGGAGCACUCCUCACUCAAGUCAUGCCAGACUCCGAGACAAAACGGCUCUCGGAGCCGGGCGCAAUGAAGAGGUUGCAAACCACCCUGGGUGGCGUCAUCUCUAUUCUCUUGUGCUUCAUCGCGUUGGCGACGAAUCUGGUCGUUAUUGGCAGAGAGGAAAUGCUGGGAGGCUUUAGUACAGACUGGACCUGGGCGCGAUUUACAAUCCUGAUCUUGCAGUCGGUGUUGGAGGGUGAGGUGGCGAUGAUGGUGCUUGCGGGACUGGUUCGGAUUGCAGGCAUUUCAUAGUUUCUAUGCCACAACAUCUAUUCAUGGUAGCUCACUGGCAAAGUUGGUUUGGUGCUACAUUGUCUGUCGAGCCGCAUCUGCAUACCCUGCUUUCGCAAUAAUUCGCUCAUCCUGGUUUCACAAAGAAAGAGUUCCAUUGCAGACGAGUCCAAGCUCAGCAGCCAGUGAAUUCACAGACCCGAGCUAAUCUGUCGUUCGAAGCCUAUGUUUUGUGGGGUUGCGACUCUUUGUCACUUUGCGUUCGCUCAUGGGCCGGAGUCAUGGCUGUAUGGAAAGGGUCGUCCAUCGUUCCGGCCCUCCAGGGCUGUCAACAACCACUCCCGGGAUGAGCAGAGUCUUGGAUGGGGACGCAGCAGCAGCAGCAGCAGACACAAUAUGUUCACCUCAGUUGACUAUGGCGGCG